UCAAAACUAUGAUCGGUAAUCGGAUAAUUUCCUGAACACAAACGAGAGAGAGAGAGAAAUUCCUGAACACAAACGAUGUCCGCAGAGGUUCUUACUGAGGAGUUUGAGGUACUUGAAUCCAUAUACCCUACAGAGCUGUCCAUUGUUUCGGACAGGGAGAUCCAGAUCGAUGUUGAACCUGAUGAAAUGAUAGAUGGAGAGCACCCCUUCAAACUACAGUUAUCUGUCCAUUACCCCGAUGAAUACCCUGACAGUCUGCCUCACCUGACAUUGGUAGCGAUCGAGGGUGAGCUUGAGGACGCCGAACAUGACACUCUGUUGGAGAGUCUUACGGAAGUGGGCGAAGAGAAUGUUGGCAUGGCCAUGACAUUCACCCUCGUCUCUCAUCUUAGAGAACAGAUGGCAUCCCUUGUUCGUAAAAGGGCAGAUGAAAUCAUGACUGAGGAAACAGAGAAGGAACGUCUGGCAAUUGAGGCGGAAGAAGCGAGGACUCGCGGAACCCCAGUCACAGUGGAGUCAUUUAAGGCAUGGAAGCUUAAAUUUAGCCGCGAGACGGCACAACGGAAGACGAAAGACGAAGACGAAAGGCUGCGCGCACUCUCGCCCCGAGACAGGGAAGAAUGGAAACGUGCAACAACUCGACCCACCGGUCGCCACCUAUUUGAGCGCAACAAGAACUUGGAGCACGACGAUGACAGCUUCGUGGAAGAAGGCACCGUUUCUGUUGACUUUAGUCCAGUACGACAGGAGCCAGCCGCGAGCACAUGAAGAUGACGAUGAUGACGGAGUGCAUUUUAGCGAUAGUGAUUAGAA